GUCUCUGCCUCUUGAGUGCUGGGAAUAAAGGCGUGUGCCACCACACUUGGCUAUCCUUUACUAAUUCUUUCCUAUCGGUAUUCAAAGAUGUAUUAACCAGCCAAACACAAGCCUUAAGCUCCUUUUCUGCCAAGCCUCAGGUCAGCACCUGACAACCUCCUUUUCUGGCUUUCCAGGACUGUGCUCUUUGGUUCUCAGACUCCCUGACCUCUUUUUUAACUACUGGGACAUCCGAGGUCCUGAUCCCUUUAGCCUUGUAGUCUCCUGGGGGUGGAGUCAGUAAAGGAAUGGCUGUAAGGGGUUAACCGAAGGGUGAGAGGGAUGCGGGAGGCCAGGCCAGGGGUGUGUAGAGGAAGAACGUGAGCCCUUGUGACGCGCAGCAAGGACUUAAGACCGGCGAGGAGUCUGGCGUCCUGAAAUCUCUUUCAGAUCCACAGCAGGAAAACCGCUGGUGCGCAGUGCGACAUCUACGCCUGCGCCGCCGCCGCCGGAGCCCGACUACCUUUAGCGAGGGGACAGAGGCUGAGUGGGUGGCGACAAUCGGGAUUCCGGAAGCCCACCUUUCACCCGGAAAUGGUUGUGGAGGAACAUGGCGUUGCUGGUGCGAGUCCUUAGGAACCAGACUAGCAUCUCCCAGUGGAUUCCAAUAUGCAGCCAACUGGUAUCAGUAUCUCCUACCCAAAGACAGUGGAGCAAGACUCUGUCCAGCUCCUCCCAGUGGCUCCAGAAGAAUCAGUCUGGAAUGUGUGUGGGAACAGAACAGAUUGUUGGAGCGGACACACUGCAGAGUAGGAAAUACCACAGCACAAGUAAGCUUCCUACUACCCAAGAUUCCCUGCAGCCUGUUGAGGAGAAGGUUGGUCCCUUCACAAAGAUAAUAGAAGCCAUGGGAUUCACUGGACCUUUGAAAUACAGCAAAUGGAAGAUCAAGAUUGCGGCCCUCCGCAUGUACACGAGCUGUGUAGAGAAAACAGACUUCGAGGAAUUCUUUCUGAGGUGUCAGAUGCCGGAUACAUUCAACUCCUGGUUUCUUAUAACCCUGCUUCACGUCUGGAUGUGUCUAGUCCGAAUGAAGCAGGAAGGCCGGACUGGGAAGUACAUGUGCCGGAUCAUAGUUCAUUUCAUGUGGGAAGAUGUGGAGCAGCGAGGCCGAGUCAUGGGGGUGAAUUCCUAUAUUCUAAAGAAGAACAUGGCCCUCAUGACAAACAAUUUCUAUGCAGCAAUCUUGGGAUACGAUGAGGGGAUCCUCUCAGACGACCAUGGCCUGGCUGCUGCGCUCUGGAGGACCUUCUUCAACCAGAAAUGUGAAGACCCUCGACAGCUUGAAUUGCUGGUGGAGUAUGUGAGGAAACAGAUGCAAUACCUGGACUCCAUGAACGGUGAGGAUCUGCUGCUGACAGGGGAAGUGAGAUGGCGCCCUCUGGUGGAGAAGAAUCCACAAAGCAUCUUGAAGCCCCAUGCUCCUACUUACAAUGAUGAGGGUCUUUGACAGACUGGUCCCUCCGGACAGCUGGCUGGCUGACUUUGAGGAACCUCCAUGGGAGAAGUGCCUGUUUGCCCCAGGACCCUGAAGAAGGUGGCCUGAACUGACUUGAACAGCACCUGUUGAACACUUGGCUCAUUCGUGUUGAGUUUCUUCUUCCUGAGCCCAGGAGUCUGAUCUGGUGGGGGUACUGCUGGGAGCUCCUCUUGCUCUUCUGACACCUUCCCUCCCUCAAGAGAAGCCCCAAGCACACUUCCCAAGUCCCUUCAGCAGCACACGUUACUGAGAGCUUUUUCCAAAGGCUGAGGGAAAGGAUGGGUAGGUUAGAAAGGGGGUGCCUUCACCCAGGGCCCCCUGUGCCUGGAGCAGUUUAUAAUGUUACUAAGUCAAGGCGGGUAACCUUAUACUGUCCCCAUCUGUGAGCCAUGGGUUGAAGUAGCCAUUAAAAAGAGAGACUUAUUUCUGCCAAUGGUUUUUCUUUGUUCCAAGGUCUUUUAGAAACAUAGGUAAAGCCUGGUAUAGUGGUGCAUGUCUUUAACCCGAGUAUUUGGGAGGCAGAGGCAGGUGACUCUCUGAGUUCUAGGCCAGCCUGAUCUACAGAGAGAAUUUCAGGACAGCCAGAGUUACACAGAGAAACCCUGUCUGGAAAAAAACAAGAGAAAAGGAAAGAAGUGUAGGUGAGACUGAUUCUCCAAGCCCAGGACCUAACUCUGGCUCACCUAGAGGCAGCAAGAGGAGGAGGGGUGCUCAGGGGCUCUCUGCUGCUAUUCUGGUCUCCAGGUCACAGAGAGGAGUCACUGUCUGGGCAAGGCACAGGCUGCCAGGCAUGGUCUCUGGAAUCCAGGAGGUCUCUGAGGACCAGGGGGCUUGUCACAUCCUAAGUCAUUUAGAAAGAACAAAAGUCCCUUUGUCACCCACAGUGAAUUGGGGGAGGAACACACUCUCUUUUCUCACUUGGCCUCCCUUUACAUGAGAUAGUGUGGCAAAGAGAACGUUCUUCCUGGUAUGUUGGUACCAUCCCAAGCCGCAGCCCAGUGUCCACCCCCUCCCCAACUUCUAAAGUAUGUGUUAUGAUGGGAGCCUGCUCUGGGCAGUUGAGGGGGCCUGUUCUCUCUUCCCUGAGAGUUUGGGUCAUCUCUUGGAAGGUUUUCUGAAAUUGAGGAAAGGGGGUGGGGACCGUCUCGCCCCUCCCUUCCCCCACCCAGCUUCCUUCAUUGAAUUUGCUAUAAAAUGAGUCAUAUGAAGAAACCCUAUACUGUGAGGUAUGCGCCACUUCUGUGAAAACAUUACAAAUCAAGCCGCCUUCUCAGUUUAUUUAAGAUGCUUUUGUUGCAAGCGGGGCUCUGGAGUGAGGCGUCCUCUGCGGGUAUGAGAUAAUAGCACCUUGUAACUCAUUACAUCUGGGCACUAUUUACAUAAACCAGAGGCGAGCCAGGCAGGGAUUUGCUGAUUAAUUUAUUUUUAAUGGACUGAAGUAUGCCAUGCACCAAAAUAAACUUUACUGUGUGUACCUAA